AACACUCCGUCAAAGCAAAGGUUCAAACGUAGCCAACCCGACCAAACGUUAAAAUAUCUCGCACAGAAUCUCCCACUUCACGGUUCUGAUUCAAUACAAAUCAAGUGUCAGGGAGUGAGAUAGAGAGAGAGAGAGAGAGAGAGGAGGCAUGGCCGCUUGUGUUGUAUGGGGAAGCACCUGCAAGAUUGCCUCGCCGGCUACCGGCGCUGCCAGCGGCGGCGGGUUGUUGUUCUUGCGGAAGUGCCAGACGAAGAGGAAUGGGUUCAGAUGUAGAAUGAGAAGAGGGCUGAUCGUCCGAGCAGAUUCUUCAGAUUCCGAGUGCAACGCGGAGGAAUGCGCGCCGGAGAAGGAGGUGGGGCAGGUGAGUAUGGAGUGGGUAGCCGAGGAAAAAACCAAGGUCGUCGGAACCUUCCCGCCGAUGGCUCGGAAGAGCGGCUGGACUGGGUACGUAGAGAAGGACACCGCCGGGCAGACCAACAUAUACUCCGUCGAACCCGCGGUGUACGUGGCUGAGACCGCUUUCAGCUCCGGAUCUGCGGGUUCCUCCUCCGACGGAUCUGACAACAACCUUGCCAUCGCCGCCGGCAUCGGUCUCAUCUCACUCGCCGCCGCGUCCUCGAUUCUCCUCCAAGUCGGGAAGAACGCACCUCCGCCAAUCCAGACGGCCACGGAAUACUCCGGCCCCUCGCUCAGCUACUACGUCAACAAGUUCAAGGCCGACGAAUUGGUCCAAGCUGCCUCUGUGCCAGCAGUGGAAAGCACUGAAACGUCUCUGCAAACAGAGGAAAGUCCAGUUCCGGCGCCGGAAGAUUCUCCGGCGCUGGAGAGUACACCUGCAUUAACUUAAUUUUGACACUCGUAGUAAGGCAAUAUAUUUAAUUUUAAAAAAAAUCUCUAUUAACUUGAGAUUACUACUAAGUUUUUUUUUUUUUUUGUUUUUUUUUUUGGAAUACAAGUACACAUUUAAAUUUUGUUUUGUUGUUAUUAUGUAAUUAUUAAUAGACUGAGAAAUGGGUUAUCUUUGCUGAAAGUUUGGUUACAAAAGGUGAA